CGCGUGCUCUCUGCCGCCGUGUGAACACUAAACAUUUCUCAUGUUUUCUUAUUUUGCUGACGGAUAAUAUCACCCCGAAAUGGAGGCGUUCAGCCAAAUAAUGCUGGAUUACCCCGAGUUGAUGUACGGAGGAGUUGGAGUCACGGCGUUUGCCGCCGGUGGAGCGCUGAUAUAUAAAAUCGCUACCAGAAAGAAGCCGACCCAUGCAAGUGUGAACUGCUGGUUCUGUAACGAGACCACAGUGGUGCCCUACGGCAACAAAAACUGCUGGGACUGUCCCAGCUGUGACCAGUACAAUGGCUUCCAGGAGAAUGGAGAUUACAACAAAUCCAUCCCAGCUCAGCACAAGGCAGAUCUUAACUAUGCAGUAUCUGGAAGCAUUCACUCACCUGAGACACUCAAGACACAGCAGUUUGUCAACUGUCAGAUGCUGUUGUGCAAGAAGUGCAAUAACAACCAGUCUUUAAAGAUCAAGCAGUUGGCGUCGUUUAUCCCGAGGGAUGAUGAAAACUAUGAUGAAGAAAUUGAAGCCUACAAGCACCACCUGGAGCAGACCUAUAAGUUAUGCCGGCCAUGUCAGACAGCAGUGGAGUACUACAUUAAAUAUCAAAACCGGCAGCUACGUACAGUGCUCCUGAACCAUCAGCUUCGACACUCCCGAGACACCGUCAAGAGCUUUGAAAAGACCUCCUAUCCCCCAUCUUCUCCCAUGGGAGUCACACUGUUACGGGCUCUUGCCUUCCUGGUCUGUGCUUUCCUAAUCGCCACAUCUUUCUGGGAAUUUCCAGACCAGCUUCUUUCACCUACUGCCCCACAGACAUUAAGUGGUGGUGUCACUCCAAAACCCGUAAAUGAAUCCACAACCAAAAAUGAGAGCACUGGAGACCCAACAGUUUGGCAGGGUCUCCUGGAGCUGAUCCCAAACUCCACCCUAGAAGAUGCCAAGCUGGUGUGGCAACAUGGAAGGGAAAACCAGCUUGCUGUGGUCUCUGUUGGCCUAUUGACUUGCCUCACAUCUAUCUUCCUAGCAGGACCUGCCAGGCUGCGGAGAAUCGAUGCUGUGGCCUCUGUCCUAUGGUUCCUCCUCCUGUGUGUCUACCUGGCUGAGAGCUACUUGUCUGAUGUCGCGACCUGGACGGACAUGGCAAAGCACUGUAUCAUCUCUGUCUGUUGCCUUGUCAGCUUUGCUGCUGCUGUGACAACUCGCAAACCACAGGGUCUACGAAGAGGCAAAUAUCGAAGGUCAGAAUCUGAGCAGUAAUCUUCAAAUUUUGUUUGAAACAUGGGAUUGUGUAAAUCUUCCUCUUUCUGGGAGACAUUUUUGUUAUUAGUGAAUGACACACUCAAUACAUAGGACCUAGUAUGUGUGUGUGGUCGAUGAUUGGAAAAUGUGACUGGUAUAACUUGCUUAAUGACAUUAAAACCUCGUCUUUAAGUAGACAUGCACCACAAAGUACACUCAAAUUUGUUUUUAAGGGGAAAUUGUGCCACACAUUUAAUGUAUUCAUCUAAUUAUGUGCAUUUCAAAUAUCUUAUGAAUACAACAAAUUUGAGAUGGACCAACCUUCAGAGAGGAAAGAAAUGCAUUUAAAUAUGUAAUUUUAAAAAGCGGUAGAGAAGGAUUUUAGCAUUCACGCACCUGACUAGCAAUAACUUAUAUAUUCUAAAAUACUAUAAGGUUAAAAAAGCAUUUGAUCUAGUGUAGCUGUGGGUUGAAAAUGAUCCUCUAACUUAAGCUUCGGCUCGUUGCAUGAAAUACUAAUCUAUUUGUGAUGACCCUGCAGGUCAUACUCAAGGUUUCAUAUUUGAAUAAUCACUUACCUCCUUUAUUGCUUCACAUCUAAAAUUUCUGAGAAAAUAAUGGACUUGUGUUUAUCACUACAACUCCUUAAACCUCCACUUAUUUAUGGCAGACUUGCACCAUUAGUGAUGAAGGAACGAUCAGCUCUCAAGGCAGAGCCUUGAGAAAUGGCUGCCACUUUUUUUAGAAGCGAUGAGGAAUGUUUACACAUGGUAGUCCAAAACCUGGUGUAAGUGCCACUUUAGCUCAUUCUAAAAAAGAUGACUAGUUCAUCAAUGUUGUUGAAUUACUACUGUAAUAGUUCUAACUUUUCGCUGAUUCCCGCUGAUCUCUGUCCUGUUAUUAUGCCCCAUUUCCCCCCCCCCAGCUUUGAAAUGAUGGUUCACUUUGUAACCUCUAAGCAAUUAAUGCCAGCAUAGUAUUUCUGUUUUGUAUACAGCACUUACAUUCAGGUUAGUUUUAUUUACAUAGGCCAAUGUCACAAAUUUGCCUCAGAGGAACUAAAAUCCUGUAUAAAACACCCUCUGUCCCUAGACUCUCAAAUCAGACAUAACUGAUUUGGGUUCUCUCUGCUUUGGGUUAUCAUCCCAGCAGUAGUUACUGUCUGAUUUUUUAUAUCAGUUCUUGAAGAUGAAAACAUUUAUUACAUUACACUACAUUACAAGUCAUUUAGCUGACGCUUUUGUCCAAAGCGACGUACACUUUUAGUACACUCAACAUUUAUGAGGGGCCAUUUAGGGGUUCAGUAUCUUGCCAAGGACACUUAGGCAUGCAGAUGGGAAAGAGUGGGAUUCGAACCAGCAACCUUCUUGUUGCAGAGCACCCACUCUAUCCCCUAGGCCACGCUCUCCGAUCCCCGAUUUAUGAAGUGCUCGGCUCUGCAACAUUAUAUGGUCAUUGACAGGAAACUUUCCAAGUGUCAUGCAAACCGCAAAACUAGUGCUAUGAGAGUAAAGACUGGGCUGCACUGGUUGCGUGAGCAGCAUUGAAAGUCGAACUUCUCAUUGUGGUACAGGUUGUAUCAUGUUGGAGCAGCCACACUGCCGACAUGAGACGUGUUGAGAGAGUCUGGUCUCGUCUUCUUUCUCCACAAACCACGUAGAGCUCGGUUUAAUUUUUUUCUCGGACUCAAAUCGAUCUUAAUUUUAAAGAUCCAUCCGAUAUCGAUUCAUAAAAAGGAGGAAUCAAUCUUUUAAUAUAUGCCUUUGUCCAUGAUUGUACCCAUUUUAAAUAAGAACAGGGAGUCAGAAACAGGGUAUAGACUGUGCCGUCCUUUGUCCUCCCUCCACAUUAUGUCACAUCACGUCACCUGCGCAAACCAACACACAUCACUCAAGUUAUUGGGACCUGAUCAGAUCAUGAAUCAUCUUUCCGGUCACUUAAACACGGAUGUCCCAAUGAUGCAUGUCGUGUGUAGCAGGUGAACUGUACGUACACAUGUUUUUAAAUACUUGUCUUUUAAACUCUAAAGUGAUCAACAACAACAAAGUAAACGUCAAUACUUUUUAGGUCCUAUAAAAAUGUGAUUAGUUUUUUUUUUCUCUUAAAGCCUAAAUUGUAUUCAGUGCAGGGAUGACACUAAGACAGGAAACUCUGACAUGGUAAAAGACGACCGGACCUAUUAAUGUGCGGCUGUCCUGAACCAGUCGUUGUUACAGUGCAGCGGCGGGACGUCGCUUAAAAAUUUACUUAGUGGAAAACUUUGAUCAAUUAUGUUCUGUCUCCGCAUCAGUAAAAAAUAUAAUAUAUGCAUCAUGAACAAAAAUACUUGCAAUACUUCUUGUACCUGUUUUUAAGUAAAAGCAAAUUCACAUUAUAGAGUCUUAGCAUUAAGUUGAGUUCUAAGGCCUCCUUUUUUUUCAAGGAAAUACAGUAUAUAUAUCCGAUUCUCACGUAGCAGCUAAUCAGCAGACACUCCCCCUCUGUGAACAGUAGAUUUCAUGUGAUAUGCAGCAAAUCAGCGACAUAGCGUCACAGUGCGUCCUUGGUGCUCAAGGUUUUUGUGUGACUUGUUGUGUGAAGUAUAGUUUUAUUUUACUUGUUGUAUUUAUGCAAAAAACUCCACAGCAUUAGAAAGAGUUGCACAUGUUAUCAGUUUAUUCGACUUGAAUAAACUGAUAAAUGCUGCUUUACCACUAGCAGCUAAAAAAUACUAAGUUUCAGUAGCACCUGCCUGUCACCUCACUCGAUCCCUUCCAUUAAUACUGAUUGAGUUGCAUGUGUUAACAUUUAACCUUGCCAAUGUAUUUCAAUUAACCUAAUUUUUUCUGUGUUAGAAUGUAGCAGGAUAUUUAUUUACCAGUACUGUGAAUAAGUAUUACAAACUAUUAGCUGUAGAGAGUGAACAUAGAUUGUAUUUGAUGGCUAUUGUAUGGGUUAAAUUGCAUGUUGUGUUGUGUUGUAGAUGGAUCUAUGUUCUCAAACUAGUGCCUCUGGUACUGUAGCCUUGAAGCUUUAAAUAGUGAAGUAUUGCAAAAUUUAAGACACUAUAGAUGCAGUUGUAAGUUUAUGAGGAUCCUAUUGAUUUGGUAAAAUUUAGGACUGAAGUUACCCAAAGAAUAAGAAUGUGACUGAAAUUGCUCCUGCUCUUCGUUUGGUUGCUUGAGGGGGGAAAAAUUAGAUCAUCCAAUACACAAAUUGAGAUGCUAUGUAGUCUAUGACCCAAAGUCCCUUUUUUUUAAAUUGUUCAUUAUUGUAUCUUGCUAAUAUUUGCAUCUUGACAGAUUAUCUUCUAAAUCAAAAACGCAUGCAUUUCUACACUAAUGUUGGCAAGAUAGCUGCAAGUAUAUGAACAGAGCCUGGUGAACUGUAGAGGAGUUGUGCUGUUUUAAUGGACUGAAUACUGACAGUAGAAAGCUCAAUGAUCUGCACCUGGUGGUGUGUGUCUUCUCAUAAUAUUGGUAUAUUUUAGCUUUUUGUGUAAGAAACAAUAUGUUGUAAUGUAUUAUCUUUGCCAAUGUUUCAAUGCCGCGUUGUACAAGCUCACUUACAAUCUCUAGUGUCCAUGUUUGUUGUUCCAUGAUACAAGGAUGAGAGUAAGUGAGUGAACCCUGAGGCACAAUUAGUUUUUGGGGAUUAAGUGAUCAUUAAAUGUGAUUUGAUCUUCAUCCAAGUCAGAAGUAUAGACAAACAACUCGCUUCAUAGGUGAAGCGAGUUGCCCUUUCUGCCCCUGCAGAUCAGACCUAUACAACGUUCAGGAUUCAUUUUCUGCAGAACUGCUUCAGCUCAGAGAGAUUAGUGGUAUCAUGUCUGGUGUGAAUCACUCACUGGGCUUUGACUGGGCCAAUUCAGAGGGCCCCUUGAUAAACUGGGGAAUUGAUUUUUCCCCUCGAUGGUCUCAAGCUGUCCAGGCCCUCUCCCUUCAUCCUACUUUAACUUUUGAAUGACUUGGAUGAAGAUAUGACCAUAUUUUAAGACAUAUAUGAAAUAAAUUUCCAAAAGCUCUUUUCUAGCCACUGUAUUUAUAACGUGUAUAUAGCCAAAGUUUGUGGCUGAUUUUUUUAAGAGUUUCUGUAUGGACCUGAGGAAAUUACUGUUACCCCAAACUAAGCAUUUUCCUCUGGAAGCACUACGUUUUUAGCUUUUAUGGUAUUCACUUUCAAUAUCGCCAUGAACAUAUAUGACGGCUAUAAAACUACCUUUUUACUGAUGUAAACCAUGAAUGUCUUUUUUAACCGUCCUGUAUUGUUCUAGAGAUCCAGUAUGCAGCUGAACUGUGAUCAUGGUUAAGUUUUACCGAAGUGUUCAAAUUUGUGUGUGUUGCAGAAACACUAAAAUAUUGAUAUGCCAACUUUUGGUACUUUUCAAGAUAAUGAAAGGUAGAGUAAGCAAUUGUUAAGAAUACACCCAACCCCCUUUAAGUUUGUUCACAUCUGUUUAACAGAACUGCAUUGACAGAAAGGGUCACUAUAGGUUUGUAGCUAAGCUAAUUAGGAAGCAACGUUACAGACAGUGUACAGAGCUUCCUUUCUCCCCCCCCAAAAAAAUGUCCCAUCUUCUCUUCUCUCCUUUGUCCUGCGCAUGAGCAUGAACACCCCAUGUUGCUGAUUGGCUGUAAUUUGGUUGUGUGGCUUUGUACAUGCUACAUUCAUAGAAGGUGACAAAGUGUGUCGCACCAUAAUCGCUUACUCUACCUUAAAGCAAUAACUUGCAACUUCAACCUAUAGUACAAAUAAGCUAAAUGAAUAUAGAUAUGUCAGUUAGAUUAUUUACUAUGCAUGUAUGUAUACAUUCUAUUGCCUCCAUGGAAAUGAAGCUCCAUCCAUGUGGAAAGGCUUCCUGAAACAUACCCAAAUGAAACAAUGUUUUGGCUGCUUACAUGUUGAAGUGAGGUGACUUGCUUGUAUCGUUUGGUUCAAAUUUGAAUGCAUGCUGUAUAUGGAAAGUAAUAAAUACGUGAUGACUGGA